AUGGGAUCGGUCACUCCUCAACGAACUCCUUUGCGGAUCUUGGAUGCCACAGCUGAGAAGCACCCCGAUCAGCUCUACUGUGUUCACCCAGUCUCGUCGGAUAUCUCUCAAGGAUGGAAAAACAUCACCUUUGCUGACCUGGCAAAUGCUAUUAAUCGGAUGGCUCUUUGGAUCCAGGAAAAUGUCGCCUCUUCCGAUGAACCGCAAACUCUGCAUAUUUGGGAGCCAACGAUAUUCGGUAUUGCGCUGCUUCUCUCCCCUCGCAACUCGGAAGCAGCCUCAAGUCAUCUCCUCGAUGCUACUGGGUGUUCCAAGUUUGUGUAUAGCCCCGAGCGGAGUAAACCGAUUGAAGAGCUAAAGGGGGGGAAUCCAUCAUUGCAAGCAUGGGUAGCACCGGGGUUGUGGGAGCUGUUCGAUAGCAGCUCAGCUCCUGCGCCCGUGGUGAAGGAGCCCGCAGAGGAUGCAGAAGAUCGCAUUACAGUCUAUAUCCACAGCUCUGGUACAACUGGCCUCCCUAAACCAAUUCCAAUGACCAACGGGUAUUUCCUCGUCCUUGAGCGAACUGGUCUUCUGCCCCUCCCCAAGAACCGACAAAGCAGCCUUGUUGUCAUUGCAGAAAGAGGUAAACGGGUGUUUGUUAUGAGUCCCUUCUUCCAUUUUAUGGGUAUUCUAAGUAUCAUGUCACCGAUCCUCUUCAAUACGCCUUUUGUGCUGGGCCCUGAGAAGCCUCUAACGGCAGAGCUUCUCGCCCGAAUUGUCACGGAGACCCACCCGGAGACGACUCUUAUUACACCUUCUAUGCUGGAGGAGCUGAGUCAAUCUCAGCUCGGUAUGCAGACUCUGUCUAAGUUUUGCUUCGUUGUCUUUGGAGGAGCACCCUUGGCCCAGGAAAUCGGUGAUCGCAUCUCCGAGAUAACUCAUCUUCAGUCGGUUAUAGGGUCAAGUGAAAACGGGCUCUGUGGAGCGUUGAAGCACCAAGACAAACGCGACUGGCCAUAUCUGGAGUGGAACCCCAAUGCUGGGCUCGAAAUGCGUGAUGCCGGUGAAGGCUUUUUCGAGCUCGUCAUCCCCGGUGGCAAGGGUCGAGCGGCUCACGCUGUCUUCCAUACAUACCCUGACAAGGAUGAGUACAAGACCGGCGAUCUCUUUGUUCCUCACCCAGAAAAGGAAGGGGUUUGGCUGUAUUCUGGGCGCCGCGAUGAUAUGAUUGUUUUGAGCAACGGAGAGAAGUUCAACCCUACCACUAUGCAGGAGAUCAUCUCCAACCACCCACUUGUUGCUCGAACAGUCGUUGUUGGUCAAGGCCACUUUCAGUCAGGUGCCAUCAUCGAGCCCAAUUGGUCUUUAUGGAGUGGCGAGCCUAACGCAUUUAUCGAUGAGAUCUGGGCAAACAUCAACAAGGCCAAUGAGUCCGCCCCGGGGCAUGCCCAACUCAUGAAAAACCGCAUCGGGGUAGCCUCUCAGGCAAAGCCACUCCAGCUUACGCCGAAGGGUACUGUCAAGCGACGUACCGUGCUUGUUGACUACGCCAAUGAGAUCGACGCGCUCUACGCCGAUGGCGAUCAGGUCGAUGUUGCGCAGAUACCCAAAGACGCGAAACGAGAAGACAUCACUUCGUAUGUCACUGUAGCCAUCUCGGACAUCUUGGACGUUCCUUCUUUUGAUGAGAAUGCCGACAUUUUUGCAUCGGGCCUCGACUCCCUACAAACCCUUAAUUUGGGUCAAGUUCUUCAAGGCUCUCUAAAGUCCGCUAGACCUAACUUGGGCUCGAUGUUCGGUAGCCCGCAGCUUUACUCCCGUCCUACGAUCGCCCAACUUUCUCGAUACGUUCUCGAUAUUCUCCAAGGAGACGACUCAGCUCCCGAUGCAGCCAUUAUUGAGAGCGACAGUGACCGGGAAACGAGAAUCGCUGAUCUGAUUGGAAAAUACACCGAAGAUUUUGGUAAAGGCCAUGCAGUCAUUCUCACUGGGUCUACUGGCUCACUUGGAGCCUAUCUACUCCACGAGCUUCUGAGCGAUCUCAGCAUUACCAAGAUCUACUGUCUCAACCGGUCGGAUGAUGCAGAACUCAGGCAAUUGCAAAGCCUGCGUGAGAAGGGAUUGCGCACCUUUAACAAAUUCCCCCCUCGAGUGGAAUUCCUCCAGACAAAAUUUGGUGACGAGAAAUUUGGGAUCGACGAUGCAAAAUUUGACCAGAUGCUGCAGGAGGUGGACACUAUAAUUCACAAUGCCUGGAAGGUGAACUUCAACCACAGAGUCGAGGCUUUUGAAAAUCCCCACAUCGCAGGUGUGCGUCGGCUCGUGGAAUUCAGCGUCGCCAGCGAAAAGGCGGCUCACAUUCAUUUCAUUUCAUCCAUCUCCACCAUCGAAGGUUACAGCUCGGAGAGAGGUCCCUCAAUACCUGAGAUUAUCUUUGAUGAUCCCAGCUCGGCACUCCGACAGGGAUACGGAGAGUCCAAGCAUGUCUCUGAGAGGAUCUGUGCUGCCGCCUCAGCCAAGUGUGGCGUUCCGACCAGCAUCCAUCGUGUUGGCCAGAUCGGAGGCCCGACGACAGAGAAGGGCAUGUGGAAUAAGCAGGAGUGGGUGCCAUCCUUGAUUGCGACAUCCAAGACCAUCAAGCAGAUUCCGAACGGAUUGGGAUUGGUGUCCGUUCAGUGGGUUCCAGUAGAUGUAACUGCAAAGGUCAUCGUUGACAUCGUCCGAACCCGACGUGGUACGCAAGAGGAUGAGCCAUGUGCAGCAUUCCACAUCGUCAACCCCAGGGCCGCAGAAUGGUCAUCACUUAUCCCGUCAGUGACGAAGUACUUUGAUAUGGAACCGGUUGAUAUUAAAAGAUGGAUUGAGAUUCUUGAGGGUUUCACGAACCCCACAGAAAGUGAUCUCCAGGACAAGCCCGCCCUCAAGAUUCUCGACUUUUUUAAGGCUAUCUCAUUCACCGAUAAACCUGGUCCUUGGACUGAAACUACUAAGACUCAAGCUGCCAGUAAGACGUUGCAACGAUUGCGGGCAAUUGAUGCUCCACUUAUGGAGAACUGGAUAAAACAGUGGAAGUUUUGA